AUGACUUCUUGCAGCAAUGUCUGCGGGUCUAAGCAGACACAGGCUGCUCCCGAGGGCGGGUACCAGCGCUACGGAGUCCGGUCCUACCUGCACCAGUUUUAUGAGGACUGUACUGCUUCCAUCUGGGAGUAUGAGGAUGAUUUCCAGAUCCAGAGGUCACCUAACCGAUGGAGCUCAGUGUUCUGGAAGGUGGGACUCAUCUCGGGCACAGUCUUCGUGGUUCUUGGAUUGACUGUUCUGGCAGUGGGCUUUCUCGUGCCCCCCAAAAUCGAAGCUUUCGGCGAAGCCGAUUUUGUGGUGGUCGACUCACAUGCGGUCCGGUUUAACAGUGCCCUUGACAUGUGCAAACUGGCAGGAGCCAUUCUCUUCUGCCUUGGGGGCACAUCCAUGGCAGGGUGCCUGCUGAUGUCAGUGUUUGCAAAAGGAUACUCCAAAGAAGAAAAAUUCCUUCAGCAAAAGUUUAAAGAGCGAAUUGCAGACAUCAAAGCCCACACCCAGCCCAUUACAAAAGCUCCAGGCCCAGGGGAGACAAAGAUUCCAGUCACUUUGUCCAAGGUUCAAAAUGUGCAGCCCCUCUUAGCAACCUGAAGCUUUUCCCACUCCAGCGCUCCCCUCUCAGAGUUAGGCACAGUGUGAAAAGGAGUAGGCCAGUUUUGGAGGUGACAAGGAUUUGUUGUUGAACCUCCCCAGGGCUGUGUUGGAGCUGGCAGCAGGAUGCACACAUGCUCACAGCAUGACAGUGAAGGCCACACACCCACCUGUGUACAAGCAUCUAGCUGUUUACCAUUGGUGGUCUGUGUGCCCCCCAGGAACCUUGCGGAACUCCUCUUUCAGAUAUUGUGGCGUUGUGUUAUUUGUGUUUGGAAGUGCUAAAUGGUUUAGACCAGCCUACCAUGGUCCGUUUUAUUUUCUGAUAUUGGUUUUUCUAAUCUUUCCUGUGUGGUGUUGUCUUCCAUUCCUGUCUCACUGUGUAAGAUAUCGUCAUGUGUAUUCACAGAAGCCAGGAACUUUCUGAUGUUCGACCCAAACCUUAACCUUUUCAUUGUAUCUUAAAGUUCCUGAAAUCAGAUAAAAAUUAUCGUUGUUCUCCAUAAAUCUGUUGUCUUCUCCAGCUUCUCUCUUCUUUCGUUCAAAAAGCUAAAAUUGCCAAUUUUAGAAGGUUGGUUUUUUUAAAAAUGUAUUUUUGGAGUACAAAUAUAUGCAGAGAAUCCAAAAGAACUGAAUUAGAAGCCGGUGUGUCUCCUUGGGGAUAUCACGUGACCAUGCACAUCUGUGUCCUGGGGUCCAGAGGACCCUCCCCACUGAGUCUGCCCUCAUCAUGUCCUAGUGGUUCUCACCAUGGUGAGAUUCAUCCAGUCAGCCCCCUGCGACAUCAGUGAAUCGGUCAACUAAUCCCGUCAUAAAACCCAGCCACCACCAUGGAUACAGUGCUGUCCUAUUUUUAUAAAGACAAAAGCAAGCCAUCAUAGAAGAAAUCCCUGGGUUGUUUUAAUCUUUAAAAAAAAAAAAACAACAAAGCUUUCUUCCUCAAAUCUGAUGUCUUAUUCACCAGAAAAAAAAAUAAAAUGUUGUUCUCUUUCCUUGUACUUUUAUGUAAUCUGUGGAUUUAAAUUAGAUCCAGAAAAAUGGAAGCUGUGAUGUUGGUGUACUCUCAGAAUUUGUGCCACCUUAGAAUUCUGAUUUUUUUUCUCUCCUCAUCUUUCACUGGAUAAAUAAAAUAUGUGAAUGA